AUGGAAUAAAUAUUUUAACAUUUAGUCAUAUUAAUUAUGAAGUAUGGAUAUCUUUUAUCGGUAUCGAAUAGGAAUAGUACAAAUGAACAAAACUUCUUUUAAUAGUAAUUGUAGUGUGUCUAAUAAUUAAACUUGUGUAAAUAAUGGUUGAAUACCUGUAAAAAAGCAAAUUUCUCAAAUACUAUAUGUGAAAUAAGAAACUUUCAAUAAAUAAAAGUAAUUAGAUAAAAACUUUUUUUAUUCAGCAUUAUUAGCUGUAUUAAUACAUAAAUGAUACUACAUUUAAUUACAAGACUAUCAGGAGCAUCACUAGGAACAAGGAUAAAUUAUAGUAAUUUUAAAUAAACUUUUAGAUAAUAAAUCUGCUCAAAAUAUUUAAGCAUAGGCGUUCUAGACCCAAUAAAAUCAUAAUUCUUUUGGAAAAACUUAUAAUAAUUUUUAAGAAUUAAAUUAAAAAUUGUUCAGAUUGGUUGAGUAGUUAAACUGUUAAUUCAACUUAUGGUGGUUGUUAAUAGAACAUGUUAAAUGCAUUUCUUUCACAUUAUAAUUUACACAAUUAAUACUAGAAAUAAUUGUUGCACUGCUAAAGCAUCUAUAAACAGCACUGUUAACUAAUUUACAUAAACAAAUUGCACAGCUUGGGUGA